AUCUGUAUUACCUCAGAGUAACCAGCAAAUGGCUUCCAGGUACGGAUGCCACUCAUGCGGAGCACAUCGAGACCAUCAAAGCCCGGAUGUACGUGGGACUCACCCCAGACAAGCGGUUCCUCCCUGGGCACCUGGGCAUGGGACUCGUGGAAGGUUAUGAUUCCAUGGGCUAUGAAAUGUCUAAGCCUGACCUACGGGCUGAGCUGGAAGCUGAUCUGAAGCUGAUCUGUGAUGGCAAGAAGGACAAAUUUGUGGUUCUAAGGCAGCAAGUGCAGAAAUACAAGCAGGUUUUCAUCGAAGCAGUGGCUAAAGCAAAGAAAUUGGAUGAGGCCUUGGCCCAGUACUUUGGGAAUGGGACAGAGUUGGCCCAGCAAGAAGAGAUCUACCCAGCCACGCCAGAGCCCAUCAGGAAGUGCCCACAGUGCGACAAGGACAUGGUCCUCAAGAUCAAGAAGAACGGCGGGUUCUACCUCAGCUGCAUGGGUUUCCCGGAGUGUCGCUCGGCUCUGUGGCUUCCUGACUCGGUGCUAGAGGCCAGCAGGGACAGCAGUGUGUGUCCAGUUUGUCAGCCACAUCCUGUGUACAGGUGA